UGUAUCAAUUUUAAAAUAGGAUAUGACAAAAUGUUAUUUUCUUUCAUCUAUCUCAUAUGAACAGCAACUGGAACCCCAAUUAUGCUCACCUAAAAUGCUUCAAGAUCCCCAUCAAGGGAAUGCAGACUUAGUGUGCAUUUGUGACAGUGAUAAAUGCGUGUCUGACUUGGUAACAAAUUCUUUAAUUUCAGCUGGACUGUCAUUUUUGUUUGCAUUGGCAAAUGGCGCUGUUUCGACCCCCAGCAGUCAUGUACUUGAUUGCUUGGGAACUCGUUGUUCUAUUGGUCAGAUCUGUUACGUUGAAGAUGGAGGGGGCACUUCAAUAGGAAGAUGUAUGGAAGAUCCAACAAAAUUUGGUACAAAGGUGAUGUUUGGUUGUUCUGGAAACACGUUACCCUGUUACUGCAAAACUGAUAGUUGUAUUACCACGGCUCUAAAAAUUACCAUCAUAGCUACAACUACUACAAGUACUACAUCAAUUAAAAGUACGACAAUCGCUGCGACAGUCCAACAUUCAGUGAAGACGACCGAGAACCCAUUAUGUAAAGACAAUGAUAAUAGAUGCGCUAUAUUCAAAGAUAGACUGUGCCAUGCUACCGCACAUGCAUAUGUUAUCGCUACAUGUGCAAAGACGUGUAAUAAAUGUGAUGAAUAUAUAGCAACGUUAAAAUCAAAGACAUUAACAACACAUCGACCACUUCUAAACGCACAAUCAACUUCAUCUGCAACAACAUCAAAUCCGAGUACUACGAGACAGGCUAAAUGUAAUAUAUGUGGAAACAUUGAUAGCUUAAUCCCUUGCUCUACAGAUGAAGUUUAUCGUAAUAUUACUUCGCUGUGUCAGACAGGUCAGGAUUUUUGCAUGACAGACAUUCUAACUGACAAUUUUGGCAAAGAACAUAUUUUCAAACGAUGUGUUACAGAACAAACAUGCCAUGCAAAAUGGACCAAUAAUUCUGCCAAGUUAGAUUAUUGUAGACAAUAUGGAAUGGUUAACAAUCCCAAUGUUCAUGAAUGCCAUUUCUGUUGCCAUGGAGACGGCUGUAAUUCGAACAUCAAACCACCAACGUUAUCUCUUGUAAAACCACCUAUAGCAUCUUUAUUUGUCGGAAAAUAAAGCACAAUGAAUUA